UCCUCCUACCCGGCAGCGAUCCCUGGGGCAGAGGUGGAGCCGGCUGAGGCCGGCAGCGGCCGGGUUGGGUUGUAGGGGGUCGCGAUGUCCCUUGCGGAGCGACAGCGGAUGGAGGAAGAGGAGGGGGAAGGGGCCGGCGGCGGGGAGGAAGUGGUACAGAUCCGGCUGGGGGACAAGUGCUACCCGGUGUGCAAGAGGAAGCUGAUCGAACAGAGCGACUAUUUCCGAGCCCUGUACCGUUCGGGCAUGCGGGAGGCAGGGCAGGGCCAGGAAGAGCAGCUGUUGCGCGGAGGGCUGAGCGCGCUGGGACUAGAGCUGGUGCUGGACUUCAUCAACACCUCCUGCCUGGCCUGGCUGGAGCAGGAGGGUGAGGAGGAGCCCCCUCUGCUAGAGGAGCUGGUGGAGGCCGCCUCCUACCUGCAGGUCACUCCCCUGCUGCGCUUGCUGCUCUCCCAGGUGCGACUGGGCAACUGUCUGGAGCUACACCACUUGGCCCAGGUCUAUGGCCUGCAGGACCUGCACGACGCCUGUUUGGACUUUAUGGCUUCCCAUUACCACCAGGUGCUGCGCAGGCCCGAUACCCAGCUGCACCUCCAUCUGCCACACGCUCUCCAACAGCACCUGAAGGAGAGGCGGAUGAGGGGCACUGCCACCCUGGUGGCCAUUGGGGACUUCAUGGGUACCUCAUCCCUGGGCCUGUCCCCGGGCUGUCACCCGCAGGCUGAGGCCCCAUGGUCCAUGCUGAGGUAUGACGAGGAAGCAGAGCAGUGGCUACCCCUGGCCAACAACCUACCACCAGAUCUGGUGAACGUGCGAGGCUACGGGUCGGCCAUGCUGGACAACUAUCUCUUCAUCAUUGGGGGGUACCGGAUCACCACCAGUCAGGAGAUCUCAGCUGCCCAUUGUUACAACCCUUGCCUAAAUGAGUGGAGUCAGCUGGCUUCAAUGAACCAGAAGAGGUCAAAUUUUAAGCUGUUGGCUGUAAAUGGAAAGCUCUAUGCCAUUGGUGGUCAAUCCCUUUCCAACGUGGAGUGCUAUAACCCAGAAAAUGACUGGUGGAAUUUUGUGGCAUCCAUGCCAAAUCCUCUUGCAGAAUUCUCAGCUUGCGAGUGCAAGGGCAAGAUUUACGUUAUUGGAGGAUACACUACAAGAGACAGGAAUAUGAACAUCUUGCAAUACUGUCCUACUUCUGAUUCUUGGACCAACUUUGAACUCUGUGAUGUCCAUGUUCGUAAACAACAGAUGGUCUCUGUUGAAGAAACAAUCUAUCUAGUAGGAGGUUGUAUUCAUGAACUUGGACCAAACCAAAAAUCCAGCCAAAGUGAAGAUGUGUUAACUGUGCAGUCUUACAACACUGCUACCAAAGAAUGGCUCUACCUCAAAGAAAACACAUCAAAGUCGGGUCUUAACUUGACUUGCACUCUACACAACGAUGGGGUUUAUAUAUUGAGUAGGGAUAUUACUUUAUCUACGAGCUUGGAGCACCGUGUUUUUCUGAAGUACAAUAUAUUUACAGACAGUUGGGAGUCACUAAGACGCUUUCCAGCCUUUGGACAAAACAUGCUGAUCUGUUCUAUGUAUUUGCCUGAUGUAUGAGAUGUGUGAUGGCAUCAGGUUUUUCUUUGCAGCUCAUUAAUCAUUCUCAGAAGAAAUAUUACUCCCUCUAAGCAAUCCAGUUUCAGAAUGUAACAUAGGCAUGAAAUACUGAUUCUUUUCUUUAAAAAAAAUGUUUCAAAAUCCAUUAUUAAGAGCAGUGGUUCUAGAAACAGUUCUAAGGUUUCAGUUUAAUUUUCUUUUAUUUUGUAUUUAUAUUUCACCAAGUAUUGUUUACAACUUAAACAUAAAUUUUUUAUUUUGGUAACUAAUGAAGGAUAUAGUUCCAAAGGCAAAACUGAUUAUUCUCAUUUUAUUCUCCGUCAUUAUAGACAAUGCGGAAGAGAGAGUAUACAUGGUGAAAGUGAAUAUAAUUCAAUAAAAUGAAUACUAUGUAAAAUACUAUAUAAAAGAGAAAUCAAAAAGGGAAUUUUUUUAAAGUACAAUUUUUACACAAACUGUUUUCUAUUGAAUGCAUAAUGUUUAAAAUUGCUUACACUCUCAUGCUAUUCUCCCUUCUGCAGUCACAAGUGAGAAUUUCAAGGGUUCCAGCAAGUAGGUAUCACCAAGAAACAUCCCCUGAAUUUUUUGUCAUAAAAUGCUUUGCAAGGGACUGGGAAGAAUUAUCUGGAGACUGAAAGUUUCUGUCUGGAUUUUAGAUGCUGCUUUAAUGGCAGUUAGCAGAAUUUAUGGUUGCCGUUAUGACAGAGGUAAAAAGUCUGCAAAUUCAAAUGAAGAAGUUCGCUUAUCUUCCAGAAAAUUUUUAGUUUUAGUUAUCCUGUUUUCUGCAGUGCUGAAUAUUAAAAAUCAAAUUAUAGAAACAAAGAAACAGAUGUUAGCAGCAAGCUGCAUUGUAGGAAGAUACAGAUGAGUACACACUGUGGUGAAUCUGCACCAGGCACUUACUGCUUGAUAACAGUCACCUAGGGCAAAAGAGGAGACUGAAUCAAUUGAUGUGGAAGGGUUCAUUUUUGUAAACAACUUCCUUAUGACACCAGCUCUAACAGGUGUAUGUGGAUAUUGACUUUCUUGUUUUACCAGUGGCCUGGUAGAUAUAACCAGUUUGCUACCUAAAGUUGUUAGCUUCUCCAAAGAACAUAAGGGGAUAGUCACCAUAGAUUCUCACUUGUGUUUCCUAGUUUCUGCAUAUUGCUUGAGACUCUUUUCAUUUUGGAGCUGACAGGUUCCUUCCUCCUGAAGGUCUUGGUUGUUAUCAUGGGAAGAUUUCACACAACUGCAGCCUUUGGGAAAGAGAGAACUAGAUUAGGUGUAUAUUGAACAGAUUUCACUGAUGUCACUGAUGUUGAUUUUGUGCGAGAUUUUAUUCACUUGAAUGUGUUCCUAUUAAGGAGAGGUAUUUUUUUCCCCUUCUGAAAUUUGGGUAUCUGAAUUGACUUUUGAAAAUGAAUGCCUGUUGUGCAGAGAAGGAAAAGAGUGCAAUGGUUCCCUCAAGGUUCUUUUAACUCCCAUCUUUUCCAUCUAUGCUUAGAUGCAUAAUUUUGAUGCUUCUGAUCAUGUAUAGGAACCCAAAUAGCAAAUUCCAGGAAACUCUGUUUAUCUAGUAUGGACACUAAGAAAAGUACUUUGAAUAUCCAGAAUAAACCUUCUGGAUGGAUUUUUUGCAGUCUGGCAGAGCAUGUUAUGCUUGAGCCCCAAAUAGUGUCUGCCAUUCAUCUGUAUGCAUGAAUUUCACAAGUUUUAGACUUUGUCUAUUUGUUAGCUUUCGUUCUCUUUGAAAAUCUCAUGCACUGAACGGCAGCUGUGUUAUGUCAGUUGCAUCAGACCAAACAAUAGCUUUUCUACAAUGAAGAAAUAGGGUGACUUUCCUGAAAUUCUUAAGUGAUUUCUUUUUAACUUUUGUAAGUGUUUUAGAAUAAAUAUAAGCACUGUUCUGUUGUCUGGUUAUAAAUUAUUUAAUCCACAUUAUUUUACUUCCUCCCUUUUCAUUUCUGUGUAUGCUACCCUACUAUAAUCCAUUAGUAAAUUCAGAUCAAUAAUGGUGGAGAUCAUAUUUGAAUUGUGGCAUUCUCCCACCUGGCAAAUUAUGUGUGAAGAACUCAUGUUUCCAGAUUUUCAGUUUAGUAUGUCUAAUCCUUUCAAACACAUCCAUUUUGUAGAGCAGGCAUUGUUAUAAAAGCUGUGAUAUGGUGCUUUUAAUGUGGUCUUUUUCAUGAGAGGCAUUCUGAAAUUGGAAUUAUAUAGGUGACCGUGAUUAGGUGACCAUGCAGAAAUAUGGAGAACCUGCUCGAAUGUAGAAAAGAAAACAGCUCAGAUCGUAAAUGCAAUCAGACUGUGUAGUCAAUCUGUGGAGCAAAUUUAUCAAUAAAUGACAAUUAACUGUGCUACAGUAACAAAUCAAAACUGGUGUUGAAUUGAGUAGUAUGAAACUAAUUAAGCUAAGUGGACUGUAUAACUACAGGCUGAAAUAAAUAUAGUUUUUAAGCAAAAUUAAUUAUGGAAAAAUAUGCAAUGGAUAUUCCUUGUAAAUUAGGAAAAAAAUCCUACCUGUAAUGGCUGUCCUUUGCCCUUCUUAUUUUCUGUCUGACAUCUUAAUAUUCCACAUAAUGCACUGCUGAACAGUUUCUGCCCUUCUGGGUAAGGGAAAAUGGUUUAGAGUUACUAGUAGUGAGUAGUUUAAAAGCUGCUUUUUAGCCAGUGGAAAUGUUCAGUGAGCUGUGUUUGCUUUCUUGGUGGGGAAAAAGUCCUAUCUUAUGGACGGAAGAGCUCCUUCUGAAAAACAACAGUUGAAGUGAGAGCAAGGGUCUUUAUGAUCUUACCAGCUACAAAAUUCUUCAGUGUUAUCCCGGUAACCACGUUCUAACUUUCCAUGUGGCCUUGGAGAGAUUGUUCUACCUGCUUGUGUGUUCAUUCCCUAAGACAACACGUGAGUAGGAAUGCUGAUCAUGUGGGGGCACGUGGUUUUCGUGGUGUGACAGUGUUUGUGAGAUCUCUUGAAGGUGUGCAGAAGGACUAAUAUCCUGCCUCUAGUAACUAUUUACUUGGUUGUUAAAAUUGUUUGAUAGAAAGUGGCAAGAUAGAAUACAGCUAGUAACCUCAUUUUGGUCUCUGCUAAUUAUCUUCAUUUUGAACUGAUAGCUACUUCCUAUCUGUUUCUUUUGUUUCUGUCACCUACAAGCUUACAGUUUGCCUAAGUUUCUUAGAGUUGGUUUUCUCAAGACUGUAUCCAAAUUUAGAACUGCUGCUUUCCUGCUGUGGCUUGGUUAUCCAUUGCUUUCAUAUCCACUUCUCAUCUUCGUGGAGUGAGUCUGCUUGAUACUAGCCAGUAAAAGCUGACUAUAGUAAAGGAUGAUCCCAAGUUGAAAGAAAGAAUAACAGGAAGAACAACAGCCUCUAAGUCCUGAGGGAAAGGUAAAUGGAAAACUCUGGGAACUUUAGUCCCUUCCCAUAAAAUAGAGAAGUGUUUAGAAAGGUUGCUCACAUCAAGCAUAAGAGAGAGCAUAAUAGUUUCUUCCUUUCCAGGAACGGUUUGUGGUUUUCAAUGUGAAAUAAGAGUUAUGUGGAGCUUAAGUUUAAUCUCCCUGGCCAAUUUCCAUAGAUUUCUCUUUCUGCCCUGUCAGCUGAACUUUCUUUGCCUGAAUAUUUUUUCCAUUCUUUGAGAGUUUUGUCCUACAUCAGAGUCCAGACUGUUUGGAUGAAAUCAUGUGAUAACACUUUGGCCUUUUCUUUUUGUUAGUCUCCUUUUCGCUGGUCUAUGUAUAUCAAUCACUGAGAUGAAAAAGUGAUUUGUAACUCAGGUAUUUUUUUUCAGUUAUUCAAUUAUUGGCUCUCAAAAGUUAAGUCUACUAAGCUACGGGUUUUUUUUUUUUUGUUUUUUGUUUUUUUUUUUUCAUUUAAUCAUCAUUUUAGCGAGGAAAGCUACAGAUUCAGAAUGUGUGGAAAUUGACCUAUAUCAGUAAUGUGAGAAUGAAAGUCACAGAGUGCAAUGAUGACAGUUAGUGUAAAACAUGCUCAAAGACCUACUAGAGCAGAGAUUUAUCAUCACAAUCACCCCUAUAAGAUAAGGUAUGUACUGUAAACGAUGUUCAACCAGUGACAAUCCCUGGGAUACUUGUCAGUGUUACCAGUGAACUUAAAAGGAGUCACCAAAAGUCCUUUAAGGGUGGAAACUGUCAGCAUCCAUAGUAUGCUGUAUUGAUUUUGCAUUUACGAUAAUGACCAAAGGGUGGCUCCCUAUACCUACUUAUGAACAUGAGUAAAAGAUGAGAUAAAGAACAGUUAAAUAUUUUUCUCUACUGUACUAACAUUCUCAGAGUAUGUUCUCUCUUUAAUCAACCUAGAAUCUGUUUUAGUGUAAUAAUGUAUUUUUUUUCACCAAAGGAAGGAUGGAAUCUGGAUUUUGUGAACUACUUGGGUAAUGCAUCCACAUUUAUAACUUGCUAUCCCAAAUAUGCAUUCUUUAUGAUUUUUUUUUCUGGAGCCAAUUGCUAUUAUCAAUAACAUGUAUGAUGUCCUAAGUAUGUCAGUAUUUUCAAUGUAAGUUUCAGUUCCUUUAUUUAUAAUUAGAAGACUUUCAUUACUGAACUACAUUUGUUCAUCUUUUUAUAAAAAGAAAAUGAAUCGCUGCAAUUACUGUCUCUUUCUAGUGGAAGGCAGAUUAGACAACAUCCAGUUUUAGAGUAUUCAAUUAUCUUCUGUACGUUUUCAACUAAUACAAGCUUUGAUAGGAGAGAAAGUUGUUCAGCUCUUGAGCAUUCUCUGCUUGAUGGUACUUAUACCAUUAUUUUAGAUUUAACAAUAAACGUAAACUCUCUGAAUCCUCAAUCCCUCACUCUCUCACUUCAUAUUCUGUUUUGAAUUUGUGAUUAUUUGAUUUAUUGUUCAUUUUCCACUGUCUGAUAUUUUCCAGGUGUUUCUAAGGUUAUGCCUUUAUGAUAAAAUAUCCUUUAUAAAUAAUUUUCCAAGAUUAAAUAGUUUACUCUGUCCCGCCAGUAUUUGCCUAUGAAGAUUUUACCCAGCCAUUGUGGCUGGAGGAAUACUUUACCAGGGCAAACCUUAAAUUCAGUGCUUCUACUGUACUGGAAUACUCAAUUUUGAAUUAAGAGAUACUGUCACUACACAAAUCACUGCUGACAUAAGAUUUCUUAUGAAACUGUCAACUUUCUGUGUAUUGUAAGCUUCUGUCUGUUUCUGAAUUAUUUCUAGCCCCUCUUGUUCAAGAUUUCUGUAAAUAUAAAAAGUUCCUCUGCAUCUUACUCAUAAAUGCUAUAUAGCUUUUGGUAUAAUCUAAUAUCCUCCUUCCAGGAAUCUUUCUAACUUUAAGUUCUCACAUCUUUAAAAUAACUUAACCUAUAAACUUUCUGGUUAGCUUUUAUUUGUAAUGAUUUGAAACACAAUUAUUUAGAAUCCUGAAUAUGUUAUUGUACUUAGUGAAUGGUCAUAAUACAAGGGAUUUAUGCAGAGUAAAGAUAGUAGAAUCUUAUCUGUUGUUCUACAAGAAGACUUCAGCCACCAUGGCUUGAAAUGUAAAGAAGUAAUGUUACUUAUUCUCCCUUGGAACUUGAUCUAAUUUCAUUAUUUACACUUUUUACUGAGAUCAGAAAAUCUAUUAGCAGUCAGACAUUUGGAAAUGAUAUCAAAGGGAUUCUGUUUUCAUCUUGGGGAAUUUUUACUGUAGUUUUCUUUUUUCUACUGGGCUUACUAUAUAUGUCUGGAAUAGCAUUCUAUCAUCUUUUUAGUAAUGCAAGGGAAAUUUUGCCCUUUAACAGGUAGGGCCUUGAUUUAUUGUGAAGACCAGAACUUUGUCAUCUGAAAUGUGUGUUUUGCUGUUAUAAAUUAGCAACUCAUAACUGCUCUGAAGCCCAUAAAAACAUGAUUUGGGGUGGUGGGGAUGAAUAUGAAGUCAGAAAACAGAUGCUUAUGAAUAGCCAUUCUCUAACCUCCAGGCAUAAGCAAUUUUCAAAUGUGGAAGCAAAUAGAAGUUGUUUUAAAUGCUUUUAAAAUAACUCCCUUUUCCCUCUUCCCCUCUCUCCCCCUGCAACCACAAUAAUUUCUGGUAAGUCAUGUGUACAUUUGGAAGAAAAUGUUAGUGAUGAGGUAAGAAUACACUGUUCUUGGGAAUAUGAUCUCUUAUCAGAACUGCUGCUUUAGCAGGUCCAGAAACCUACUUUCAGCUUCAGUAUAUCUCUUUGAGUGACAUUUAUGAUUUUUCAUGACAUGCUAUCUCUUAACACAUGUAAUAAUGGUAAAUGUGACAGGAAUUACAGAAGCCCUAUUGCUGUAUCUAGGAGCGAAUGCACAAUGGGCUUGAAGAAGGCUUUUUUAAAAUUUUUUUUAUAUUUUUAACAGAUCUGGAUUUAAGCCUUUUGAUUAUAGUAAAUCAGAACCAGCUUUGAAUUUGGCACAUGUUUCAGUGAAUUAAUUCUGAAAGACUCUGAAAAGAUGCUAAUUGUGCAGUUGGCUGAGAAAAGAAGAGCCAUAGAAUGAAGACUUGGAGAAUCUUCUUACAGUGUGAUCUCUGAUAUGCCCUAUCUGCAUUGUGUGUUGUGUGAACAGAGGUAAGACAAGUCUUUCAAAUAUACUGCUUCUAAAUAUUCAGGAGAAUUGUUUCCCUGGGAAUAUCUGGUGAACAUGUUUUAUUUUAGAUUAAAAUACUAUGAGGUUUUUUUUCUUUCUGCGAUGUCUCUGAUAAAAUAAAUGGAAAAAAAUCUUGUGUAUAGGUAGUUGGAUCUGUCAAGAGUUACAACACAUCAAAAUACACGACAAGAUGGUGAGUGGAACAGAGACCCAUCAUUUCUGUUUUACAUAGUCAAUAUAUGGAUAUACAAGUUUUAUUUGCAGAAGAAUUGGAGCUUUGGCAGAUAACCAUGCAAUGCGAAACAGCUCCAUGAACAGUUUGAGAGCAACCCACUUCAGGUCUAUGCUUUUAUAUUUAUCAAACAGCUCAUGAAAUGAGAGUAUUUCCUUCUGUCCUACAACCUGCUAUGUUUGUAUCUGUCUGUGAGAAAUUGGGCAUGGGCUUUACCGGCACUGUUAUUUCAUUAAGGAAAGUGGGUCACUGUGUGGAACUUGCUAUUCAAGAUUAGUUAUAGAGACUAUUUUCACUGUUAAGGAAUGACUGUUGUUAAUCAGUGUGGCCAUAAUGACCCUAGAACAUCCCUUUUCUACGUAGCAUAAUCAUAAAAUGGCUUGGGUUGGAUGGGACCUCAAGGAUCAUCAAAUUUCAACCCCUCUGCCAAAGACGGGAUUUCCAGCUUCUAGAUGAAGUGUUAGAUCAGGUUGUCCAGGGCUCCAUUGAAUUUGGCCUUAACGACCUUCAGGAAUGGGACAUCCACAAGCUCUCUGGGCAAUCUGUUCCAGCAUCUCCCCACCCCCGCAGUUUACAAAGGCCCACCUUUCAAGUUUAUCUGGUCCCUCUGGAUGGUAUUCCUUCUGCUGUAUCAACCACACCACUCAGCUUGGUGUAAUCAACAAACUUGUUUGUAAUCAACAAAAUUGUAAUCUCAUCAUCUCUGUCACUCUGUAAGAUAAUAAAGAGUAUCAGUCCCAAGAUGGAACCCUGUGGGACACUCCUUGUAAUGCAGUAGGAACUCUGAAAUUGUAUCUGUGUGGAUUCUCACCUGAUCCAUCUACUUUACAAUACCUUGAAGUCCACAAUCAUGUUUGCCAGCAGCUUUUCAUGAGAAGUUCCACUCUUUGUAUGUCCCCUGAUAUCCAAGAUAAACUUAGAAGAACAUAAAUUCUUUCACCCCUUCUGGGUCCAGUACUCUGCUGAUUCUCUUCCAAUGGUAAAUAGAAGUUACAAACAAAAAAACAAGGUAAUACUUCCCUCCUGUGUGGGAGCAAGAACCCUAAGUCACUAACAGCAAGAAAAAUCACUUGUUUUCUGUCAGGCCUUCACCACAGGGAGAUUUUAAUAGGGUGCAGUCUCUCUUGGCUUCAGGCCAUUCAGCUAAAGCUGGAUACUCACUCUGUCAAGAUAACUCUGUUGAUCUAGCAACUGCUUCCUUCAGGUGCCAUAGGGUGGGACAUAUUAGGAACUCAGCAGCCCAUUAAUUCCUUCCUGAGUUCUGUGGGAGGUCUUAAAAGCAGUUGUAAGAUUUUUUUUCAGAGAGAGCAAGUUUGGGGUUUGACUUUCAGACUCUAUAGCAAGCAUGAGUGGUGCACUGGAAUAGUAAAAUUUAACCGUCUUUUUGUCAAGCUAAGAUGCAUUUAGACUUUAGCAUCAAAUGAAGUCAGAGAUAUAGGACGUGUUUUGAUGCCAGGAAAAUAUGAACUGGAGUACAGGGUAUGCCAUUAUUUUUAGUGUCCCAGUGUAGGUUCAGCUCAAUUGACACAGAUUUACAUAGAAUUAUGAAGAAGGCGUCUUUCAGCAUGACCUACAAUGCCUAAGCAUCAGGACAUUACAUUUCAGACACUUCUGCAAGGGAUGUGAUGUUUGUAAGUUCAGCACUUAGUGCCUUCCUGGAAUUUUUUAAGUGGGCAUUCACAGUCAGUGACUCUGAGCUUGUUUUGUAAAUUUUACUAAGGACCUCUCAGUACCAUCCUAUCAUGAAUGCUCUACAACACUGAAAACACUAGUGGCAAAACACUUAGUUGCUUAGUGGAAAGUAUUCAGUUGGGUAGUCUCCCUCAACCCACGUUAUCUGGACCAAAACAGUAAGGGACUUGCCUCUCUUCCAGUGUGGAAGAGCAAUUCUUCCAGCCCAAGUCUCCAUAGUUUUUGUUCAAUGUAUUGAACAAAAUACGUACAGAUAAGGGAUUGCAAAAUAUAUUGUAUGUGUAUAUUGAGAGCUACUGAGCAGCAAUCAGUAAACAAGAGUAGUAUGAUAUAAGAAAACAACUCAGCAUUGAUGUAGUUAAACAUUCAGCUAAGCAAUAAAGGGAGUACAUAUUCAGCUGAAGAGACAGGCAGAGAAACGGAAGUAGCUGUUUCUCUGUAAAUUAUCUGUACAAUACUGUGAUAAAGAAGAUUUUGUUUUCAGAUGCACACCUUUUUUUGUGUAGGUUUUCUCUAAAUCUUUUUCAGCUAUUAUAGUAUUCAAAUGAUUUUUUUUAAUUCUGUGUCCUCUGAUUCUGGUCCUCUCUCAAUUGGUUUCUUUACUUUGUUUAAACUAGAAUUUCCUUUAUCAGAUUUUUAACAGAUGUCUUUUCCUUCUUCACCCUUCUUUCUUCUUCCAUCCCCUAAUGUUUUCUGUGGCAGGGAAAUUUUGUGCAUGUUGUAGAUGAUUUUUGGAAGAGGGGGCAGCCUUGCACUUCCAUUUCUCCAUUAUGUUCUGACAGCAGCAACUGGGAACAGUUAGGACCCAAUUUCUUUACUGCACUUUUAACCAUCACUCAUUUAAAAUAUAACCUUCUGUUGGAAGA